CUUUACUUUUCAUAUUUUUUCCCCCCAUUGGAUCUGUUUUAAAUUAGGGAUUUUGAUUCGGAAUUCACGACUCACAUUUGAUAUUAAUUGGUGAAAAAGGAGUUGCCAACUGAACCAGAUAUGAUUCAAUUUCAAUAAACAGCUGGGCUUGUCAAACCAUUUCAUCCUAGCAAAUGUAGAUCUAUCAGAAUGAGUGACAAAAAGUUUGCAAAUCCUCAAGAGGAAAUAAAUUAUUGGAGAGAAAAUGCCCAAAGAUUUAAACAAGAGCUGGAAGAAACAAAAGAAGAACUCGAAGAAUUUCAGAUUAGUAGUAAAGAAUUAGAAGAUGAAAUGGAAACACAGCUUAAACAGUUAGAAAAGAAGAAUGGAGAUUUAGAAGCAAAUAAUGCUAGGUUGAAACAAGAAACAGAAACUUUGAGGAAUAAACUAGAAUCUUUGCAAUCAGGUAGUCAUAGAAGAAUAUGUGAGUUAGAAGAUGAAUUAAUACAAACAACGCAUGUAAAAGAUAAUUUUCAGCGAUAUAUUCGAGAGAUUGAACAAGCUAAUGAUGAUUUAGAAAGGUCUAAAAGGGCCACAGUGGUUUCUUUAGAAGAUUUUGAGGCUAGAUUAAAUUUGGCUAUAGAAAGAAAUGCAUUUUUAGAGAGUGAAUUAGAUGAAAAAGAAACGUUAGCUGAAACCGUACAGAGAUUACGUGAUGAAUCUAGAGAUUUAAAACAGGAGCUUCAUGUACGAGAGCAUCAUGAAGUGAUAAAAAAUACCUCUGAGACCAUAGCAGAUAAAACUCAGGAAAAACUCGUAGAUAGUGGUUAUAGUGGUUCCAAAACUGCAAAAAGUGAACCUGUCACACCAACAACACCUACAACCCCAGUUCCCACACCUGGGAGAGGUAGUUUUCUUAAUGGUAACUCAGCACUUACGCCUGCUGCACGUAUAUCUGCUUUGAAUAUUGUGGGUGAUUUAUUACGAAAAGUUGGGGCCUUAGAGUCGAAGUUAGCUUCAUGUCGGAAGUAUGAGAAAGAUCAACCUGUGAAGGGAAAAGGAAGCCCCAAUAGUCCAUUAGAUUCCCCUAGGUAG